AUGGCCAGCCUAAUAGUGCACAGAUGUCCGCAUCCAAUCUUUACUCAAACAGCUAUUAUUAACUCCAAUUUAGAGUUGACGGCUCAGUGUAAUAACAAGUGCGGCUGUACUACGAGUGCAUUUCAACCGGUCUGCGCCGACGAUCAUAAGUCCAACUAUUUUAGCCCCUGUUAUGCCGGAUGUUCUCAAUAUGAUCCACAAAAAUCGACAUUUGGGGAGUGUUCGUGUGUUGGGGGCAACAGUCCUAUUGUAACGACUGGCUAUUGCGAUAACAAUUGCAAUAAAUUUCCCAUUUAUAUAGCAUUGUUAGGAAUUGCGGGCGUUAUUCAGUCCACGUCUAAGAUUGGCGACACUUUAAUCACUUUAAGCAUUAAUCCCAUAUCCAUUGGUGUUCGGGACGAUCACAGACAUGGCGUGUAUUGUGUGGAACUCGUCCUGUGAUAUUAUCUGCAUUUGUCGGCAUUUGGCCUCAUAUUUAUCGGAACGCUAUUUAUUUUUCCGAUCAUUUUCUACGCCAACCGUAUGUCAGACCUGUUUGAAGACGACGACAGCAAUGAUAUUAAUGUUUACGAAUUGGGAUCUGUUAACAAUGGCUACAAUAGCAAUGGAUCAGUUGAUAGCGCCAACAAUAAUGGCAUAACUGUUGUGAAGAUAAUCACAACUUUGAGAGAAAAUGAACGAAAGAGUAGUUUAACUGAUUAUGAAUUGGUUCACAGGAAGAGUAGUUUUGUCGCCCUUUAA